UCGUGUUUCAGAAGUUGAGUCAAACACUUGGUUCGAAUAUAUCUGCGGUUUACGCAGAGCCGACGGCUUCACCUAUGGCGGCAAUAUAUCGAAGCCUUAGCUUGAUGGUUUUUAUUUUGUUAGGUCUCUCGAACAGAAUCAACAGCCAACAGUCCAACGCUGUUGAUUCAUCGCCGUUUUUCUUCCCCUGCAAACAGUUUGACCGAUUGCAAGACGAUUGGGAUGAAAACCAACCGACAACGCAAAUAGCUAAGGUAGAACUGUCAGGAAAUCCACGCUUUUACACCGGUGGCCAAGUGUAUAAAGUCACUGUGCGAUUGACUGAAGAUUUCGAUUCAGCGCUUAUCACGGGAGUUUAUUCUACUACGAGUGGCUCGGCCGGCAAACAAUACCGGCAACGGAAAAUGUGCACGAUAUUGCACUCGUAUGCAAAACGGCGACCGACGGACGAAAGGAAAAUCGACUUCCGUUGGAUGGCACCACCCGAAGACAUGGGCUGCGUUCAUUUCGCAGGAACAUUUACACGACAAGAAACCCUUGUAUUGAAGGACCAGCGGAUUUAUCACCUAUGUCCAGCAACUGACGAACAUGAUGCCGAGAGCGUGAAGUUAUCAGGCGUGAACCAGGAGGGAGGCGUUAUUUUCCGAGACGAUUUCGAAACCGGACAUUUCUCUCCAUCUCUAUGGAGUGAAUCUGAGGGAUUUCAUGUCAGCAAUAGUUGUCAACCAAUUUUUCAUGGACUUUCGGCUACGCUAUGCAGCAGAAUGGAGGAAACGUCUUCAAUGAACGAAGAUCAUUCAACUGCAACUGUCCUUCAAUUGUCCAGCGUCGCGUUAAAUUUGACCAGCGCUGGAACUCUUCAGUUCACAAUCGGUCAAACAUUCUGCUCAGCUGAAAAGCAAAACACAACAAUCACAACGAGUUUCAACGCUAACAUUACCAUAUUUUAUGGCCAACUAAUCUCCCCUUAUGACACAGUGUGCUCUAACUGGUCUCCGUUUCGAACUAUUACCAGCUUAUCAGGAAACAGAGAAUCGGCUUCCUAUGUGAUACCGUUGUCGUCGGCAAUCCGGCAACCUGAAACGUGUUUCCGGUGGUCCGUCCAACUGCCCGGUGAACAUAGUCAUGUAUGCUUUGCAAUUGACGACGUGGUUGUAACCAACACAGCUGAUCGACCUCUAGAAUUACAUGCUGACUUCGACCCUCUCAGCACAGCCGAUUGGCUAUCCUUGCCUGGCGGACAGAUACAUAGUGGUUGUAAAGGGAGUACAGGGGCAGCGCUCGUGUUCAAUUCCAACCAUCUCGGCCCCAAUUGGGCAUCGACUAGAGAUUUUCAGCUUACGUCUAGCCCAACGUCUGACCAAAUUUUAUGGAGACCUGAUUUCAACGGACUUCUUGCGGACGAGCACUGGGAAUUUCAGAACGCACGGAUUGAAGCCAACUGUGAAAGUGAUUCAAGACAUUUGGUUCUUCAACAAACAUUCAACAGCUCUUUUUUUUCGGCUUGUUCUCCUCUGUUGGAUUUGUCUUCAGCUGGUAACCUACGAUUUCAUCUUGAGCCAUCUACUCCAUGCAAAAAACAAACCAAAAAUACUAAGACCACUAAAAAGACUCCCCAACGUUCUCCAUCCAAGUUGACUGUAUGGAUUGAACGUAAUGAUGGCAGUAAAAAGAGACUCACCAUUCUGUCUGGACUUUUCCUUGAAAAAGAGCCUGUUAAGCCUUCACUUGCAAUACCAAGUGAAGCACAAGAAAAAAAUGCAAGGAUUUGCUGGCAGUUGUUGGGUGAAAAUCUCUCCAACGAAGAGGCCUCACCCUGGGCCGUGAAUGACAUUCUUUUGCAUCCAGCGCUUCCAUUACCCAUUCAAUACAUACUUCAAUUUCGUUUGAAUAUGGCCUGCGAUUUACCUGAAAAAAAUGACAACACGUCAGUCAGUUUGCCCUUGAAAGAAAACGACGCUUUCCGUGUCAUGGUGCAAUAUUCAAACGAUUAUGGAAACAGCUGGAACAAUCUUCAUGGUCUCUGUUUACCUCCAACAUGCACCGGUGCUUAUUCUAACGUAAUCCAGACGACGUGGUCUAGUCAGGAGAUGGCAGCACAUCCGUGGGAACGUAUCACACUUCCCAUUCCAUUUGCUUCUCUGGCCGAUCCUGUGCGUUUUCGUUUCAUCCAAAAGGGUCGUGGUUUGUCUAACAUUGACAUCCGUAGACAUUGGGCGUUGGACGACAUUUAUCUUGAAGACUGUUAUUUGGGUUGCAGUGGUCAUGGGAAUUGUGUAGAGAAAGGUCACUGUUCUUGUGACGAUGGAUACCAGGGCGAAUGGUGCCAAUUUCCCACACAGCCACUUCCAUCCAUUUUUCGAGAGAAUUUCGAACAAGACGCUGCUGAUCUUAAGCUCAAGUUUGCUCGAUUUACUGGAGAGAAAUUUGGUACAAGAUGUGGACAAGUUGGAGCUGGAAUGGCGGCCAUCUUUGAUCAGUUUGGUGAUCGACAACUGGUGACAUUUGAUCUCGACACAACUGAAAGUCACAUUUUACGAUUCGCUAUUAGAAUGAAUGGGCCUGGAAGUCAACAUCGACAUCACUGUCCAGGACCUGACAGGCCAGUAGAAAUUAUUUACGUACAUUCUUCUUGUAACGGAGGCAUUACGUGGUCUCUGCUUAAAUUUAUUCAACCACAGCAGACAAAAGAAGAAUCAACUCAAGUGAUUCGAAUCCAAUUAACGUCAGAUGCACAAGGACCUAGUUGUCGGUUCAGACUUUGGCAAGCCCAACAUUCUGGAGCUGGAAAAGACGUGUGGGCUGUAGAUGAUCUUUACAUUGGACCUAAUCUAACUCACACGCUGAUUAGGAACAGCAGCUUUAGUAACGUUCAACCGACGACGGCCGAUGCUUUCGUGGGUCGUCAUUUGCCAGAAGAAUUCUGCAAGAGAGAUGGUGUCAUGAUUCUUCAAGCUGAUGAAUUGGAAGAAACAUACCCCGUACGGAUCGAACCUUUCUCUGUGGUCCAGUUAGAAUCAGCUGUCGGAUGCAGUUCAUCGACUCCGCUUUUAAACAAUAAUAGCGUCGUAGUUCAAUUUUCCAUUGACGGAGGAAAACACUGGAAUGAUUUGGAUGACAGCCGACGACAUGUAUCCUUUCUACAAGACUGGAGAAGAAUAGGAAUUAAACUUCCUCCAGCUUCAUGGUCAGAAGCUACCCGAUUCCGGAUUGCUCAAACUGGAAGUCGUCCAUCAGAUCGCAGUCCACUGGGCAUCGAUUACUUUUAUGCAGGGCCAGAUGAAUGUCCUGAACUUUGUCGUGGCAAUGGACGUUGUUCGCUAUCAGGAUGCGUUUGUGACGAUGGAUUCAGUGGAGAGAACUGUCUACCAGACCCUCCACUUACCACGCUUAAGGCGAUCAACGAGAGUUAUGCAUUAAUGAUUGGUGGACAUCAUUACGUUACGGAUCGCGAUGGCUGUCUUGUACGCGGAACGCAGAACAUAAUGUUUGAUGGACUCGGCAUGCGAUUGCUGGAGACGAAGGAAAUUGUCUACUCACCAGGCAUCGUAGUGAUGUUCUUUUUGCGACUAGGAUUCUGUGAGCAAUCUCAAGCGGCAUCUCACGACAUUUUUGUCCAAUUGGAAGUGUCGUGGAACGGCAUUGACUGGAAACUUCUUCGCGAGUACCGUAGCCCAUUUUUCUGGCAACCUCAACUGGAACAAAUUGAAAUCUUGCCACCUGAAAGCCUAAAAUCCAAACCCAAUCCACCACCAUUUAGAAUCCGCUUCGUUCAAACAGGUGUCCAUGGCAAAGACAGAAACGUUUGGAGCCUAUCUGGAUUGACCAGCUCAUCACAAGCAGAAAUAUUUUCCGGGGCGGACAUCGAUAAACUGAGUCAGCCAUUAAAUGAAAACGCAGACUUUUGGCUUGUGCGUAAUGAGCCUGAUCCAAAGUCGUCGUGUUUGAUUUUCGACGCCAAUUGUCCCAGCAGAAUCGUUUGGUACGGAGCCCUUACAAAGAAAUUAUUCUUAGACGUUGGGGAUACGAUUCAAUUCGACAUAGUUGCCCAACGAUUUGAUUCGGCUUCCUUUCCCGAUACGUCUGAACAAAUCCUUCUCGAAUAUUCAGCCAAUGGAGGAGUAGAUUGGCAGCUUGUUCAACCGGAAUGUCUCCAUUCAUGGUCAAAUUGUCAAGGAUUUCGUCAAUCUAGCCGAUUAAACUAUCGCAGUUUUAUGUCGGAAGAGGAUGGCGUAGUGAAUAGAUUUCAUUUCAAUGCUAGCGAAUCCAUGGCUAACAAGCCGAUAUUGCUUCGUUGGUUACACCAUCGGCUAGGAGAUCAACAACACCAUCCGCUUCGUGGAUUUCAAAUCCAGAACUUGUACAUCGGUCAUCCUUGCCCGUCAUUGUGCUCUGGACAUGGACGAUGUUGGCAUUCAUUAUGCACGUGUGAUGUCGGUUACACAGGAGAAAACUGUGCCGAAGCGGAGCAGAGCACACCGGCUGGUUUCUAUGACACGUUUGUUUACAAGGACCACAUAAAUUCGACACCGAAACUGCGUUCACACUGGGGUCGCAUUGUCGGGGGAAAACUGCUACCCAAUUACUGCGAUGGCUCCACUGAUGGAGUGGUCUUCUUCGGAGGCCGAGGACCACGUUCGUUGCAAACAAUAGAAAUCGACACCAGGAAUUUAAGGAUGGUGCAGUUCACCCUUGCUGUAACAAGCGUACCCAUUUACAAACAAAACUGUCGUCUAGCUGCGAAACGUAAAUCGUUGUCCACAGAGAUUCCCGCUGCUAGUCUUCUUGUUCUCGACUACAGUAAUGAUAAUGGGCUGACCUGGAACCCGUUGGAAGCCUGGCCUUUGAACACGGAAGUCGAUGAAAGAAGGCUAGGCUGCAAUUUACCCGAUUCUGCCAGAACUCCCAGAACUAUUAUUAGAUGGUGGCAACUUACCUACCCGAACGCCAAUCAUCGAGAUGGGCUUCAGUGGUACUUGGACGAUGUAUUGGUCAACUUGAACAUUACGAACCCAAUCGUUUUCGAGUAUGAGAUUCAAUCGGAUGAACCUAUCGAAGACCAACAAUUGAACGACAUCGCUGAUAUUGUUAAUAACACCGAUGGAACAAUUACGGAUUGGAUGGGAUGGCAGGGCUUGAUAUUUCGUGAACAGCUCGAUCCUGUCGACACAUUACUGGGACCAGCUGAUUUGGAAGAUGGAUUUUCAUUGUCGUAUGCGGAAACAUGGGACAUGGAGAUUAGCGACCCAACCUUUGCCCAGUUCCAGCUAAUAUUACCAGCAGGCAUUCAUUCAGGAACAGCAGAGGUCCGUUUUGAAUAUUCAACAGAUAUGGGUCGCCGCUGGAAUAUGGUCGAAGAGGAAUGUUACAGGCUGGAGCAACUAAGCCAACAAUGUGAAUACCUCCAUCCGCCUAGUCGAUAUUUAAUAAAUAGCGAGAAUAAUGCCACUCGGAUUACCGUACAUCUACCCAGACGCUCCAUAACGGAAUCGACACGAUUCCGCUGGAUCAGCGAAAAUGGACAAGACCGUGGACCGAUGGUGUGGGGUGUUGCACGCGUCUAUAUCGGUGGUACAUGUCCGUGGAUGUGUUCUGGCCAUGGAACAUGCCAGAAUGGGCAAUGCGAUUGCGAUGUAGGAUAUGGUAAUGUUGAUUGCGUUCCAAUCAUUCCUCUUCCUCGAGGCCUUCUAAGCCAUUUCGAUAAAGAUUCCAACUUAGUCCGCCUUUCUGGUGGAGAUAUAUCUACUGGAUGUGGAAUAUUAAUGUCAGGACCUGCUGCUAUCUUCCACAAGGACGGCCUGCGCUAUUUUGAGUCAACAGACUUGGACCUAACAGCAGCGUCUUAUGUCCAAAUGACUAUCAAAUUCCAUUGCUGGGCCGAAGCUGAAAGCUACGUAAACUCAUUAGAACCGUUACAUCAGCGACUUCUUUUGCAGUACUCUGUUAACGGCGGAAUUACUUGGAUUCUCAUUCAGGAAAUCAAAAUACUCCCGCAAUACGACCCUCAGCUGGUGAUUGUCAACCUAAUGCGGAUUCCAGAUCUUACAAAUUGUACACGACUGCGUCUGUGGCAACCUGUUCACGCUGGUGAAGGUUUGGAUACUUGGGCUAUUGAUGGCUUGGUUCUUCAUAGCACAACACCGUUGGGUGUAAUCCUAACUAGCGACUUUCAACAACUCAACGAUCAAGAUUCUUCAUGGCUAACUUGGUUCGGUGGCCAACUUCACUCGUUUUGUUCGAGAGACGAUGCCUUAGUUUUUCAAGGUGAACUAGGAGAGCAACAAGUGUUUACGGGAGAUUCCAUGAUUACAUCAGAAACUGUCCUUCAGUUUGAGGUUAACGUUGGAUGUGGAACAACCGAUCUUAGCUUAGAACACCCUGUUCGACUGGAAUAUUCCAUUGACGGAGGGCGACAUUGGCAUUUAGUGGUAAACGAUUCUGGUCGAAAUCCUUAUGACCGAAUGCCACAUCAAACAUCCACUGUUUAUUCUUCCAAAACAACCAAUGCAUGGAAAAGGGAAACUGUAAUGCUUUCGCAUUUGGAGACAAGCAAACCACUUCGAUUUCGAUGGUAUCAGGGAUUUUUAAACGGAACAGACGGGCAUUUGGCUCCUCAGUGGGCCAUACGAAACGUUAUCCUGAGUCCGCAGUGUCCGGAACUUUGCAACGGACAUGGAAGAUGUACAGUCGAAGGAUCCUGCGAAUGUGACGAGGGUUACCAAGGCGAGGCGUGCGAAACGGUAAAAAUUUUCACGCUGAACCCUCAAAACAUUCACGAGUCGUUUGUCCAAGAUGAUGCUCCAGAGAACUCGCUAUGGCUGCGUCAGAUAGGAGGAGAACUAAGAGCUCAACCGUCAAGUAAAAUUGGCAUAGGAGGAGCUUUCGUCAUGGAUCGUUUAGGAGUCAGAAUGUUGGAAACGCGCGACCUCGAUUUAUCAAAUGCAAAUUUUGUCCAGUUUCAUCUUGAUUCAUCGGAUUCAGUACCGUCCGACAACGAGAUUUUCGUCAUUGUCGAAUAUUCAAUAAAUGGUGGAAUUGAAUGGACUACGUUUGAAGUUAUCCCACUGAAUGGCUUGUCAUCUCAACAACUUCGCCAAGUGCCUCUUCCUAGCCGAGCGCUGAGCUUAGCAGCCAGACUGAAAUGGUCUCAGCUUGGUGGAAAUAAUGGAAAUUUGCAUACCAUGUGGUCUGUAGACGAGAUUUACGUUGGAGGGGAGUUUUACGCCAAGAGUGCCAUUGAAGAUGAAUUCGCAUCAUUAGAAACGACAAAGGAUAAUUGGCUCUUCGUUUCCGGAGGUUCAUUGGAACCAUCUUGUGGUUCAUCUAAUUCGACACUUCAUUUUACCAAUCCAAACGGGAAAAGUAUGGUCAUGACGAAGGAUAUCAGAGUAACGGAUCAGAUGUUUUUGCAAUACGCUAUUUCAUCAGGAUGUGAUCAUCCUCAUUCGUGCAGUCGUGUGCGAUUAGAAUAUUCUGAUAAUUAUGGACUGGUUUGGCGAAAUCUACCUGACGAAUGCCUACCUGGAGAAGCAGUCGAUUGUGACGCUUUUGAAUUUCAUUCAGAACUUUUAUCGCAAGUCACCGGUUACCAACGUACCAUAACAGCGCCUAUCCCACUCAACAAAGGAGUGGUGCGUUUGCGAUGGACAAGCGAUGACGAAUCAAUCGAUUGGUCUUUACAUUGGGUUUACGUCGGAGCUUCCUGUGGCCACUGCAACGGACGAGGGCGCUGUUGGGAAGGAUACUGUCAAUGUGAUCCCAACUGGACUGGAGACAAUUGCGAAAUAUCUUCAACUGAACUUUUGUCAAGCGUACGGGAGACAUUCAGUAAUGGCUGGAAUUCAAGCGUGUGGUCCAGAAUCAAUGGCGGGUCAGUAUCGUCUCUCUGCGGAACUCUUGACUCCGGACCAGCCCUUCACUUUCAUGAUUCGUGCGGUCGUUAUGCUGAAACACGUGAGCUGGACCUGUAUCAAGUAACUGUCAUCCAGUUUCAUUUGAGAUCUGGCUGUGGACAAGUGCCAAAUAGUCCAAACCAAGGAAUAUUACUCUUCCAAUAUUCUUUAAAUGGAGGAGUGAAAUGGCAUACCGGUCUGUCGCUAUCUCUCGAUCAUUUCCAGGACUCCAGGCUGGUUAGCUUUCUUGUUCCGGAAGAUGUCCAAAAAAGUGACGUAAAGCUCCGCUGGUGGCAACUGGGACACUCUGGUCGAAUGUCAGAAGAUUGGGCAAUCGACAGUUUCAUAAUCGGUCGUCCUUUGGAUGUGUCCGUUGCUUCAAAUCCACCCAAACAGCGAAAUGUUCAUUCGCGGGAACUCUUUCCUGAUUACCAAGCUGAAGAAUCUGUCGAUUCUACACACCCAAAACAAUUCUUGAAUAGUCUGUUUGGACAAAAGUUGUGGUGGAGGAAAAUCAACGUCGAUCAACACGAUUCGUUUUGUGGCCGACAUGGUCAUAUUAUGCGCGGAAGAUCUAACACUGCCGAAGAAUCAAUCCUCGAAACGUCUGACUUCUUAGUCGUGAACGCUAAAGGACGCAUUCUCUCCUUCGAAAUGCUCGUCGGUGAUUGUGGCCAAGGAUCUGAUUCUGUAGAACUGGCUGCAGUCCCAAUCAAAUUGCCUGUCCGGCUAGAGAUUUCGUAUGAUCACGGUAUGAGCUGGAAGCUAUUUCAUCCAAUGAAAGUGCGAGGUGAAAAAGGUCCUGGGCCGCAAAUACCAAGCGUUUAUCAGAAACUUGAUAAAUGGCAAACUUAUCAAUACUCACUUGAAAUUAUAUCAGGAGCAAGAUUUGCUCGAUUUCGUUGGAGGCAUCCGAAAUCGUCUGCCUCUGUUUCUUGGGCAGUCAAUGAAUUUGAUUUGGGACCUCCAAUCAAUGACUCGCUCUUGGUCGGCCUGGAUACAUUGGCGGAUGAUUUCAAUGAUGGCUCCACCGUAAAACCGCAUUGGAAAUUUUUUAGUGGUGGAAAAAUCGCCAAUCCCAAUGAACGACUUGGUGACGGGGCAGCAGGACUGUUUCAAGGACCUGGGAUAAAAUUAUUACAAACCAUACCGCUGGAUUUGACAUUUGGCCAAAACGUGGAAUUCAUUCUCAAUUUUCAAUUGAGUAAAGGAAGGAGAGACCUUGAAGAUGUGGCACAAAACGUAUUCUUACAGUGUUCAGCUGAUAGCGGUUUCACGUGGAUUCUAAUUCAAGACUACAGUCCUCAACAUUACAUAAAUCCUGCUCCAGUUCAUGCGAUUAUACCGGAAGACUGCCAAAAUCCGCAUUCCAUUUUACGCUGGUGGCAACCUGUAGUUUCCGAAGCGAGCUCAGAGGCAGCGAAGAAACAUUCAGUGUGGCUUAUCGACAAUAUUGCCAUCGAGUACUCCAGAGAGCAUUUGUCGGAAAUCUACGACGAUUUCGUGGGGGAAUCACUCAAUCAAACUCAAUGGCAGUUUCAUCCCAAUGGCGUCAUUUCAAACAACCUUUGUGGCGCACCAGAAACGGAAAAGUCGAUGAAUUUUGUCUCUAGUGAAAAUAGUCGAUUUGCCGGAAUCACAAGCAGACACAUUAUAGUGAAAGAUAACUACGCUGCUUAUUUUAAGAUCAGAACAUCGUGUGGAAUAAUGUCGUGUCAUGGCAACAAUAACAGAAGCCAAGUACGAUUUGAAAUGAGGCAAGGAUACGAACAGCCUUCAUGGUCCUUAGCAAAACCAAACUGUUUGCCAAGUUCAACGGAUUCGUUGUGCGAUCCUCAGAUGUAUCAUAGUUCUUCUGCAUUAGCAUUUGGCAACUUCCCGAUUUGGCAGCGGGUCAUUAUCCCACUCAAAUCGAUCCCAUUCGCCAACACGUGGCAGUUUCGUUGGAUGACUCAGAAAAAUGGAAUAGGAAAAGGAGAGAAAAACACGUGGGCGUUGAAAGAUGUUUACAUUGGUCGAAUGUGUCCGUCGCAUUGCCACGGUCACGGAGACUGUAUCCGUGGGCGUUGCCAUUGCGAUAAGGGCUAUGAAGGCGUGAGCUGCUCGAGUUCCAAGGCAGUAUUGGUCGCUUCAUCAUUACCUAUAAUGGAUCAUUUUGACGACCUCGUUAACCCAUCGCUACUAUGGGAAAGCAUCACCGGAGGAAGUAUCAAAGUCGGUUGCGGAUCUCUGAUUCCUCUUGCCCAUGGGAAACAUUUACAUUUUGAUGGAUGUGGUAUAAGAAUGGCUUUUACUGUACCCAUCGACGUCCGCGUGGUUAGGCGCCUCGCUUUCGUAAUUCGAAUAGGGACACCUCAACAGAUCCCGUCGUGUCGCAUCCAACCGUCUAACACUUACAGAUCAGAUAUUCUUGAUCGGGUUGUGCUUCUUCAGUACAGUUACAAUAGCGUCGACUGGUUUUUGCUUGCCUCUCAUGGCAUACGCAAUUUCAUUCAGCCACAGCGGAUGAUAUAUAAUGUACCCGUUCAAACCAACUCCUCAACUAUUCAAUUUCGAUGGUGGCAACCGCAACACGGAGGACCUACGUGGGAUCAGUGGGCGUUAGAUAACGUCGAGAUUCUGAUUUAAAUUUAGUAGAAAAUGUCCUUCUACUACACACAGUUAUUACAUGUUAUGCUAAUGUUUUAAUCUAAACUUGCUUGAUAAAUCGUGACGAUAUGACAGCAAGGGCUUAAAAAUGUGUAAAACAUUCAAAAUGCUUUCAUGACCAAAAAUUUGGUAUACGUUGUGUAUUGCUAUUGCGUAAUUCCAUGGGGUCAAAGAACUGGACGGUAAAGCAAUAACACGUAAAACAUC